AUGUCGCUACCCAAAGAAAAGGAUCUGAAAAAUGACUUGAUCGUCAGUGUAAGCAACCGUGAUGUCAGCCUGGGUUUGAAGACCCUAUCACAGGGUGCAGAUACUCCAACCUAUGCCGAAUCUGAGAGAUCCUGGAAGUCAUUCUUCUGGUCGACACUCGAUGUCCCGAAGGAGGAAGCCCGUUUCCUGACAAAGCUCGACUUGACACUCAUAUCUUCGUCGGCUCUAGGUGUCAUGUGUCGAUACCUUGACCAAGCCAAUAUCACCAAUGCUUUUAACAGUGGUAUGAAGGAGGAUCUUUCGCUUUAUGGAAACGAACUCAACUAUGCCAACGCCAUUUGGAGUGCGGCAUACGUAUUUGGACAGAUUCCUUCGAAUCUUCUUCUUACCCGAGUCAAUGCUCCUCUUUACAUUGCAUUUCUCGAACUUGGCUGGACCAUCUUUACCUUUGCUACUGCAGGUGUCAAGAAUGUCAACCAACUCUAUGUAUUCCGCUUCUUCGUUGGUCUGUUUGAGGCCGGUCACUUUCCAGCCGUGAUGUACGUGUGCUCGAGCUAUUACAAACCUCACGAAUUAGCUCGGCGCAAUGCUCUGAUUCAAAUUUUUACCUCAGUCGGGCCUCUCUUUUCGGGUUUCUUGAUGGCAGCGGUGUAUACUGGACUGAACGGCGUCGACGAUCUGGCUGGAUGGCGAUGGAUGUUUAUCGUCUGCGGUUGUAUCUCCUUUCCUUGUGCCAUCUGGACUUCGGUCGCGAUGCCUCAGCUUCCCAGCCGAGCAAAGCCCAACUGGAUAUUCACAAAGGAGGAGGUAGACUUAGCUCGCGCCAGAAUGCCAACCGAGGCUAAACCUCACACUGGGUUGUUCAAAUGGAGAGACAUUAGGCGCUGGCACACGACGUGGCACGUAUACCUCUUUCCUCUUUUCUUUGCAUUCAUGACUCAGUUUGGCCAGGCUGGAGGAUCUAUGAUCUACUGGGUCAAAAGCUACAAUGUUAAGGGAAAGCCGCCUGUAUUUUCAGUCGCCGAGAUUAACCUUAUUCCUCUUGGUAUCAACAUCAUUACCAUUUUCUGCGCCCUUCUCAAUUCUUGGAUUUCCGAUAGCUUGCCUGGCUCGGCCAGGUGGCCGGGUAUGUUGUUUGCCAGUGUGAUGGGAAUCAUUUUCCCAAUCGCCCUUGCUGCCACCCCUGUCCACCCUCCAAACAGAGCCACUCGCUGGGCCCUUUAUUACCUUACUUCUCUUUCGGGAACUGCCGGUGGUCUUUCUUGGACAUGGGUAAAUGAAGUGAAUAGACAUGAUCCGGAAAAACGGGCGUACAUUUCUGCCUUGAUGAACGCGUUUGCCUACAUAUUUACUGCAUGGGUUCCCAUUUUUACAUUUCCGACCUACUUACAGCCGUACAUCGUCACCGGUAACUACAUCACGGCCGGGUUUGGAGCAUGCGCGACUAUAUUAGUUCUCGUCAUUCGAUACUGUUACAACCGAGAUCUUAAGGGGCAGCAUUCUCAGCGCUCGACGUCGCCUGAAGACAGUGAAUCGGCACAGUGA